CCCCCCCCCGCCUCCUUUCCCCUUCGCUCCCUCUCCCCUCGCGCGCGCUCUCUCUUUCCCUCCCGCCGUCUCUCGCACACCGCCCGCCAGCCUAUCUUCCCCUUCCGUUCCCCCUCCCGUCCUUUUCAUCAUCAUGUCGAAGGCCAAGAAGACACGCAAGUUCGCCGCUGUCAAGCGCGUCAUCGACACCGCGAAGGACGCCCGCCUCAAGGCUGUCAAGGCCAAGCAGGCCAACGCCGAGAAGAACAAGAAGCCCGACACCCCGCAGGUUCGUGAUCUGGGUGCCGUCAACACCGGUCUCUUCUUCCGCUACAACACGGCCCUCGGCCCGCCGUACCGCGUGCUGGUUGAUACGAACUUCAUCAACUUCAGCAUCCAAAACAAGCUGGAGCUCAUCAAAUCCAUGAUGGACUGUCUCUAUGCCAAGUCCAUUCCCUGUAUCACUGAUUGCGUGAUGGCUGAAAUCGAGAAGCUGGGCUCUCGCUUCCGUGUCGCAUUGCGGUUCGUAUUCUCCUUUCUCGCCCCUCCUCCCCUCCCUGUCUCCCAUCCAAAUGGCUCCUCCAAUUGGUGUCUAAUCUUCUCACGGGCUUCCCCCCGCAGCGUGGCCAAGGACCCUCGCUUCGAGCGUAUUGCCUGCACGCACAAGGGCACGUACGCUGAUGACUGUCUGGUUGAGCGUGUGACCCAGCACCCCUGCUACAUUGUGGCCACCUGUGAUCGCGAUCUCCGUCGGCGCCUGCGCAAGGUUCCCGGUGUGCCGAUCAUGUAUAUUUCCAACCACCGCUACAGCGUCGAGCGCAUGCCCGAGGCCUUUGGCGCUCCGCCGGUGUAAU